CCAAAAAAAACAUAAAAAGGUUAGAGGGAAGAGCUUUCAACACUCAAGAGAUCGGAAGAAACUGAAAUCACACAGAGCCCAAAUUUUUCAAUAGCUUUUAGUACUAUCAGAUAAUGGCUAGAUACGACAGAGCGAUCACCGUUUUCUCGCCGGACGGCCACUUAUUCCAAGUGGAGUACGCCAUGGAAGCCGUACGCAAAGGAAACGCCGCCGUCGGUGUACGUGGAACUGACACUGUUGUCCUCGGCGUCGAGAAGAAGUCCACUCCCAAGCUUCAAGACUCCAGGUCAGUAAGAAAGAUAGUGAAUCUAGAUGAUCACAUUGCGUUGGCGUGUGCUGGGCUGAAAGCAGAUGCACGAGUUCUUGUGAAUAAAGCACGCAUUGAGUGUCAGAGUCAUAGGCUUACAGUUGAAGAUCCUGUUACUGUUGAGUACAUAACUCGUUACAUUGCUGGUCUUCAGCAAAAGUACACCCAAAGUGGUGGGGUGAGGCCAUUUGGUCUAUCCACCUUGAUCAUUGGUUUUGACCCACACACAGGUGUCCCCUCACUUUACCAAACAGAUCCAUCAGGUACAUUCUCAGCUUGGAAAGCCAAUGCGACUGGUAGAAACUCCAACUCUACUCGGGAAUUCUUGGAGAAGAAUUACAAAGAAACAUCUGGCCAGGAAACUGUGAAACUAGCAAUACGUGCAUUGCUUGAAGUUGUUGAAAGUGGUGGAAAAAACAUAGAAGUUGCUGUGAUGACAAAAGAGCAUGGGCUUAAGCAACUUGAGGAAGCUGAAAUUGAUGCCAUUGUUGCUGAGAUCGAAGCAGAGAAAGCUGCUGCAGAAGCAGCCAAAAAGGCCCCACCGAAGGAAACCUAGUUGAGCUGAAAUUUGUUCUUAACUAUCCCUGAAUCCUUUCUUUUUUCGGUUCAAGCCAAGUGCAGUGUUAUUUGAAUUUUAAGAUUUUGGUCCGUCUAAAACUUUUACCUUUGUUAAAAUUAUGGGACUAAAAAUGUCAUGCACUCAUGCACUCGCGAUCUCUGCCCUACUUGUGUGUUGCUUGAUAUUUUAAAGUUUUAUCAUGUUAUUUGGUAGUUCUUGUAGUUUGAAAAUUUGGUUGUGAAA